AUGCCAUCCAGAACUCUCCCUACCUUUUCGCGAGCUGAAGUCGAGUCGCAUAGCUCUACCGAUUCCUGCUAUGUAACAAUCGGCACCAAAGUCUAUGAUGUGACCAACUUCGCCGACGAUCACCCAGGUGGCAGCAGUCUUGUCCUAGAAUACGCGGGCAAGGACGUUCGCGCCAUCCUCAACGACCCUACCUCGCACGAACAUUCCGAGGCCGCCUACGAAAUCCUGGACGACUCCCUUGUCGGCUUCGUUACCGAAAAGAACGUUCCUAAUGGCCAUGCCAACGGAUCCGCCACCACCGCUGGCACCCAAGAGUUGGUUCAUCCUCGUACUGGCAUGUCUUGCGCGGAAGAUCUCAGCAAGGACACCGACAUUGGACUUGAUUAUAAAAAGCACAAAUUCUUGGAUCUCGACAAACCCCUCUUUCUCCAAGUCUGGAAUGGCGGAUUCACCAAGGACUUUUAUCUCGACCAGGUUCAUCGCCCACGUCACUACAGGGGUGGCGACUCGGCUCCCUUGUUUGGAAACUUCCUCGAGCCUCUUUCCAAGACCCCGUGGUGGCUAGUUCCGAUCAUUUGGCUACCUUGUGUUGCUUUUGGACUCUACAGUGCAACCGAGGACCUACCGGGCCCGUAUGUUGCUGCUUACUGGCUCUUUGGUUGCUUCCUCUGGACGUUGAUCGAGUAUGGCAUGCACCGCUUCCUCUUCCAUCUCGAUGGCUAUCUCCCCGACAACCGUGUCUUCAUCACCCUUCACUUUCUGUUCCACGGCAUCCACCACUACCUGCCCAUGGACAAGUACCGACUUGUCAUGCCGCCAACUCUCUUCAUUUUCCUUGCGACCCCUUUCUGGUACCUGUCACGCUUUGUCUUCUAUCAUAGCUGGCAUACUGCUGUCGCUGUCUUUUGCGGCGGUGUCUUUGGCUACAUUUGCUACGAUCUCACCCACUACUUCCUUCACCAUGAAAACCUUCCUCUGUGGUACAAGCAGCUCAAAAAGUACCACCUUCAACACCACUUCCUUGACUACGAGCUUGGCUUCGGUGUCACCAGCAAGUUCUGGGAUACCGUUUUUGGAACCGAGCUAAAUACUUCCAUCAAGACCAAGUGA